AUGGCAGCAGCUACUCGGGAUGCCUCUCCCAUCUCGAGACUGACCGACGAUGAUCUGAGUAUCAUAUUCCUGUACUUUCCUGUACCGGUGCUACCCUCAGAGACAAUGUCCGGCGUCCAGGAUCUCGCCCCAUACGAGCAAAACUCAGACAAAGACGACAAGACGUGGUUGCACAUCUCCCAUGUAUGCCGUCGGUGGCGGUCUGUCUCCUUAUCCUGCCUCUUAAUCUGGUCGAACAUCAAUAUGGACCCAUCACGAUACGACCUGGCCGUGGCGUCGUUGGAAAGAGCUAAGGGUGCACCGCUCACAACUAUCAUCGACUGGACGAUGAAGCGCUCUGGACAGUUGGAGGUCCUGAGGGAUCUGACGUCCAAGGCGCUCUGGGAACUCUCCCACACCCGACAUCUGAUCUUCCGGGGCAAGAUACUGGAGUCCGCCCCCCAACGGGUCAAGACCCCCAACGGGUCAAAGAUUCAUUAG